AUGUUAACAGUUCGUAUGCGAAUGAAAUCUUCCUUCGAAGAGGCCGGUGUCGGUGAGUUAUGUCGCGACUAUGGUUCGAAUUUAUUUUACAUCGAACAUAAAAGAUAUAGAUAUUAUCGACCAAAAAUGUCAAUAGAUCAAUAUACAUUAGUAUGGAUCGAUUUGGAGAUGGACGGAUUGGAUUUGAACAAAAAUUUCAUUCUCGAAAUUGCUUGUAUUGUUACAGAUUUUAAUUUAACAACGAUUUAUGAAGGUCCUGAUCUGGUGAUUCAUCAUCCGAAAGCACUCAUGGAUGCCAUGGGUCCUUGGUGUAUGGAACAUCAUACAAGGUCAGGAUUGGUUGAACAAGUCUUGAACAGUAAAUUAUCUAUGAGCGAUGCUGAAACAAAGAUAAUCAAUUUUAUUGAGAAAAUAACUUCAUCGUCAACGGCAAACAACAAACGAUUGAUUCUUGCUGGUAAUUCUGUUUAUGUUGAUCGAUAUUUCUUAGAGAAAGACAUGCCACGUUUAAAUGCAAUGCUUGAUCGAUCCAUUCUUGAUUGCAGUACAUUAAAAGAACUAAUUCGCCGGUUCAAUUAUCGGAUUUAUUCUCAAGCACCAGUCAAGGGUGGAAAUCUUCAUCGUGCGCUCGAUGACAUAAGAAAUAGUAUUGAUGAAUUUCGAUAUUAUCAAACAUUCGCAUUCGAAGAAAAACAAUCCACAGAAGACAAACGUAUCUCAUCAUCAAAACCAGACAUUUCCCAAUAUCUAGUAUGGAUUGAUAUUACUGAUAGUUCGGUGCACGGUAUUCUAACUGAUGAAAAUCUGGAUAUCAUUGACGAAAUAACCGGUGCAAAGACAAGUGAUGAUUUAAUGAAGUUUUUCCAUAAAAAUCGAAUUUACUCGGAACGAAAGGUUGCUGUUGCUGGAAAGCAUUUAGGUCCAAUCCGUGCACAAUUGAAGAUUCUCGCUUCGGAAUUCAAUGAGUUUUGUCAUUAUCGUUCGAUUGACAUUGAUGUCGUGGCUGUUAUCUGUGAACAAUGCUUUGCUGAUGUUUAUAAGCAACGACCUACUCAUGACGAAAAAGAAAACGAACUCAAGAAUUCCAUCGAACUUCUUCGGUUUUACCGUUCAAGAAUAUUUAAAUAA